AUGUCAGCUUCGGAACCAACUGAAAGUUUGGAUAAAAAAGGUCAAAAAGAUAGACUACAAUUAGUAAGGGAAGGAAAGAGAACUUUCAUUUAUAAAUGUUCAAAAAGUGAAUUACUACAAUUACUGCAAGAAGAAAAUAUCUCAUUUAUCAGUGACAGUGUAGAGAAUUUGCGAAAAACAUUGAGCGAACAUUAUAAAAGUAAGGAGAAUUUAGUAGAAAAGAAACCAGAGAAACAAAAAACAAAGAUGUUCAUGUACGGCGACCUGAAAAUUUUCGACGGAGAUAAAUGGGAAGUUUUCAAAGAACAACUCGAAUGUUUCAUUCUUGUUAAUGACAUCAGCGAUGACAAGAAGGUGCCAUUGUUAUUAACCAAAAUAUCACCAUCAGUAUUCGAAACUUUAAACUACCUAUGCUCACCACACAAACUCAGUAAAUUAUCGUUUGAUGAACUUAGCAGCAAACUUGGAGAUAAGUAUGCCAAACCAUUGUCCACAGCUUUGGAGAGGGCAGCUUUCAGGAAAAGAAACCAGCUUCAUAAUGAAAACAUUGAGGAUUAUGUUUUAGCUUUGAGAAAAUUAGCUAUGGCCUGCCAGUUUAAAGAUAAGGAAGAUCAAAUUAAAGAGAAAUUUAUGGAAGGAGUAUCGUCUAAGGUUGUCAAAUUUGAAUUGAUGAAAACUGAGACGGAGCUGUCACUAGAAAAAUGUAUUUCACUGGCACGCACAGUAGAAGCAGCAUUAUUACAGACAAAUAAUAACCAUGAAAUGACAGAAGUCUACUAUAGUAACAAAGGAAAACCAAAACAGGAUACUAAGAACAAGAAUAACAACAGUGGACAGUGUUUUUGCUGCGGGAAGAAGAAUCAUAUCAAAGCAGACUGUACUCUGAAGUUAAAAUACUGUUCAGAAUGUGGUCAACAAGGCCAUAUAUUCAGGAUGUGUCCGAAAAAGCAACGACAAGCGAAUGUGGUGGAGACGAACCCCGGGAAUGUUAAAGAGGAGGAAAAGCAGGUGGAAGUACCCAGUAAAGAUGUAAAGAUGUAA